AUGCAGGCGUGGCUCCGUCAGUUCGGCUACCUGUCCCAGGCCAGCCGGCAGAUGUCCACCAUGCAGUCGGCUCAGAUUCUGUCCAAAGCCAUCAGCGACAUGCAGCGUUUCUACGGGCUGGAGGUGACUGGCCAGAUGGACCCUGGCACCGUGGCGGCGAUGCGGCGGCCUCGCUGCGGGCUCCCCGACAGGAAGCCGGAGGAGCUGACCGGGGGGGCACGGAGGCGGCGCUACGCCCUGACCGGGCAGCAGUGGGACAAAGACCACAUCACCUACAGGUCUCCUGCGCAGACGCACGGACUGGAGCCGCCCAUCGUGAACAAGCUCCUCCCCUCCUCGCUGGGGGAGGAGCGGACCCACGGCGCCAUCCGUAGAGCCUUCGACGUGUGGAGGCGGCACUCCGACAACCCCGCCGCCGUGAUGGCUCCUUUCUACCAGUGGAUUCACAUUCAGAACUUCACCCUGCACGAGGACGACAUCCGGGGGAUCCAGUACGUUUACGGCCCUCCGCUGACCACCGAGGCUUCACCCACGCCGCCGCCCGCCACCGACGCCCCCCCCGCCUCCCCCCCCGCCCCCCCCCCCCUCCGCCCAGACCCCCCGCCCCCGCCCAGGCCCCCCAAGCUGCCAGACAACCAGCCCCCUAACAUCUGCGACGGGGAGUUUGACACGGUGACCAUGCUGAGGGGGGAGAUGUUUGUUUUCAAGGGCCGCUGGUUCUGGCGGGUGCGGAGGAACCGCGUGCUGGAUAACUACCCCAUGCCCAUAUCUGUCUUCUGGAGCGGCCUCCCCAGCGACAUUGACGCAGCCUACGAGCGCCACGAUGGCAAAUUUGUCUUCUUUAAGGAUGACAGAUUCUGGGUGUUCAGGGAGGCUGAUGUGCUGCCAGGGUACCCACAGCCUUUGUACGAGUAUGGACGAGGACUUCCUACUCACAAGAUCGACACAGCUAUCUGGUGGGAGCCCAAUGGAUCCACAUACUUCUUCACAGGAGACAGGUUCUGGAGUUAUAACGAUAAGACUCGCACGCCAGACACCAACUUCCCCCAGUCAAUCAGCAAAUGGGGCAGGAUCCCUCCCUCCCCCAAGGGAGCCUUCCUCAGUGAUGAUGGUGCUUACACCUAUUUUUACAAAGGCACCUAUUAUUGGAGGUAUGACAACCACAGAAAAGAAGCAGACAAAGGCUACCCGCGCUCUGUCCUGAAGGACUUCAUGGGCUGUGUGGGGGUCCCCGACCCAAAGCCCGACCCGGACCCUGAGCAGAAACCAGAGGAAAAGCCGGUCAACCCUCCGGACAGAGGCCAGGACAGAGACACAAACUCAGAGGAAGGCAAAACCGCCAGACCCGACAGCACAGGGGAGGAGGAGGACAACGAGGUGAACGUGGUCGUAACGGUGGCCGACAACGAAUCCAAAGUCAUGACUCUGAUCAUGGUGACCGUUCCGCUGGUGCUCAUCCUCUGCAUCCUCGUCCUUAUCUAUGCAAUCCUCAGGACUCUGCAGAACAAAGAGACACCGAGGGCCCUGGUGCACUGCAAGCGGUCGCUGCAGGACUGGGUGUGA